UAUCAUCGAAAGAACCAACACUAUACAUUAGUACAAAGGAAUCCAGUCGACGUCAAUCAUCCAUCUCAACCGUCGAAUUUACAAACAACGAAAACAUCACUCAACUGGUCAUCUCAAGGAAUACUAGGACACAUUUUACCCAACCUAUAUUUCCUCCACAGUACUUUUACCUUGUUGUCUUAAACGCAGUUUAGAAAACACAGUAAUUUACAUAUCUCAAUCCAGUUUUAUUUCCUUUAUAUCCAAGCCCAGUUUCACUCACGCGUUCUUGAUAUAUUCGCACCUGCAACCUGUAUAAAAAGCUUCCAAUAAAUUCACAUAUUAAAGAUGGGUCAGAUUCUUUCUCAACCAGUCACGGAAAAGCACUCUGAAGAGGGCCAAGAUAAAUAUUUAGCCUACGGUUUAUCCUGUAUGCAAGGUUGGAGAAUCAAUAUGGAAGAUGCUCACGCCACCAUUUUGAAUUUAUCCGCCUUAUCCGCCAAAUCACCUACUUCCAGUCCUAAGCCAGAUGAUGAUUCUGCAGAAAGGCAACAAGAAUCAAACGAUGAUUCUCCUCAAAUUGCGUUUUUCGGGGUAUACGACGGUCAUGGUGGUGAAAAGGCUGCUAUUUUCACCGGAGAACAUUUGCAUCACAUUAUCAAAGAUACAGAAGCAUAUAAGCAAGGAGAUUAUGCCAAUGCCUUGAAGCAAGGUUUCUUGGGUUGUGAUCAAGCCAUUUUACACGAUUAUCAAAUGAGAGAUGAUGAAAGUGGAUGUGCCGCCACUUCCGCUAUUAUAACCCCCGAAUCGAUCAUUUGUGGUAAUGCUGGUGAUUCUAGAACUAUUAUGUCCAUUAAUGGGUUUGCCAAAGCAUUAUCUUAUGAUCAUAAACCUUCCAAUGAAGGCGAAAAGGCCCGUAUUUGUGCUGCUGGUGGAUAUGUCGAUAUGGGUAGAGUUAACGGAAAUUUAGCAUUGUCCAGAGGAAUUGGUGAUUUUGAUUUCAAGCGCAAUGUUGAUUUACCUGCAGAGGAACAAAUUGUCACUUGUUAUCCUGAUGUUAUACAACACCAAAUCAAUUUGGAUCAAGAUGAGUUCAUUGUUUUGGCAUGUGAUGGUAUUUGGGAUUGUUUAAGUUCUCAAAAGUGUGUUGAAUGUGUAAGGAGAGGUAUUUAUGAACGCAAGAGUUUAACCACCAUUUCUGAAGAAAUUAUGGAAUUAUGUUGUGCUCCAACUUCGGAUGGUUCUGGUAUUGGAUGUGACAACAUGUCGAUUGUUAUUGUUGCUUUAUUAGAUUACACUAAGCAGGAAACCUUGGACCAAUGGUACGACAAGAUUAUAAGUAGAAUUGAAGCUGUUGAAAAAGAUGCAAGUUUAGUUAACAAAUACGGUUCAAUUUCUCCUCCUUACAACGAUUUGUACAAGGAAAUGUAUGGAGAAUUCUACAAUAUUGGACAACAAGCUCAAAAUGUUGGUGGUGGCCGUGGUGGAGGAUUGGCUGGUAUGGCCAAUGGAAAUUCCAUUUUCGGAAGAGGUGGAUAUGAUGAAGAUGAUAAAGAUGACGAAGAAACCAGUGGAAGUUCAGCCGGUGCUGAUUUGAACACUGGUGCUAUUUCCUUGCAAAGAUUAUUGGCAUCCAACACCAUAACGAAUGAGAAUGGUGUGAUAUAUUUGGACACUUCUUCAGCACAAUCUUUAUUAGCCCAUUUCGGAGUCACUGAACCAGAACAAGAUCUUGAAGAAAAUGUUGACGAAGAAGAAGAAGAAGAUGAUGUUCAUGAAAGGCAUACCGAAGAAGAGGACAUAGAGGAAGAAAAGCAUGAAAAGAUUGAGGAGAUCAAAACGGAUGAAGAGUAAAGGUUUAACUCAAGAUUAAAUUAGAUUUUUCUUACCAAAGUUCCUUUUUGUUGUUCAAAAUAUACUUUUAGAUUUUCAGUUCAUUUCGUUGCAAAUUCAUCAAAGAUUUCCACUCGCCCUCCCCCCUCCCGUUUACCAAUGUUGAUGAGUUUUCCAAUAGCUUGUGUAAAUAAAUGAGUCAACUGUUUUGCAUGGGUCUGUCGGUUUCUAGAUGGUUAUCACUUGUAGAUACCACGACUGUUGAACAAACCAUUUCCAUCCACAACUUUUCUUUGCAUACCCGUUGAAUGUUAAUUCUUGUUAGGUUUUAAUGAUUUUUCUUUGUAAGCUUUCGUUUCCCAUUUUUUUUUGUUAUUCAUAUUAUAGUAAAUAUACUCGAGAUUCU